AUGAAUAACAAAGAGAAGGCCAAGUCUUCAGCAGCAAGCGGAUCCUGCUGUGCCCAACUGAUUCCCAAUAAAGAGGUAGUAGGCACUCGUGAAUACAUCUACAAUCUUCUUGGUCAAAAAGUUAGCCCUUUAAAUCCACAAAAGAAAUUGCCGAGAAUACGAAAACCACCACCGCCUCUACCAGACGCUGUGCCCAAAGCUCCGCAUCAGAGCAUGGGCCCCCCCGCUUGUCCGCAGCCCAAAAAAUACCAGCUUCCAGAAAAGUAUCCCUUCAAGAAGAAGCACUGGCGGACACCCUUUAUUGAAAAGAAAUGCAUGGCCAAAAAAGUUAAAUUGGCGAGCAUAGCUUUCGAGAAAUUAAAGCUAGAGAAACCCGUUGGCAGGAUAAAGGAUAACUGCUGCGCUGGUGUCAAGGCACCGGUUCCAAGAUUUAAACGUCUGGGAAGGGAGUUAGACGAAAACGGAAUACCUCUAUUUUGCAAAAAGGACACUGUUUAUCGAACCAAUUGGAUUGAAAGAAACGCCAUUGAGGCGAUCACUUGCAAGCCCGGUGCCAGAUUAGCCCACCCAGGACACCGCUACAUGGUGGAUACGCGUUAUGGCGAGGCACAUGCUCUCGACUCCAACAAAACCCAUUCCGGACUCGAGAAGUGCUUUGUAUACAAGCCAGCCUAUGGGAAGGUACCUAAGUACCUUAAGUUGCGAGCUGAAGCAAUCAAAAAGACCCGUGAAACUUACUCACAUUACCUUAACGAGAAGGCAUUGCAAAGCUCUGACUACAUGCUCACGGAGAAGGAAAGGCAGGAUUUGCUGAAUGGUCUGAAGACGGCGUGGGACCAAUACAAUGCCAAGUACUUGGGUCUCUCAUCGAGCAGUACCACACUGAAGAAUAAGACGUAUAAGCAGUACCUUGAGAAGCAACUAGGGAGUCUGGAGAAGGACAUUGAACUGGUCGAAACCCACCCGUACAUCUUUGUUGAAGCCGACAAGACGCCGGGUGUCGGGGGAGCAGUCACCAACGGCAUUCGGGCUUGA